UCCGGUUGCGGAAAGUGCUUUUUUUGGUUCGUUUUCUUUAGUUUUUCCGGUAUUUAAGAACUAUCUUGCCGUGCUCCAUCAUGAACUCUUCAAAAGGCAAUAGUGCCAAGAAAAUAGCGGCCAAAAAAUCGAUAAGAAACGUGCUGGUGCAACCGUACGACCUUCCUUGGCCAGCGAUUGCUGACGAUGAUGUUGAUGACUACACGCGCCUCACUGAGCAAGUGGACAGUAAAUGCAUAAUCUACGGCUGCAAUCCCGUCACUCGGUUACUACAAGCUGGCGCCACGCCAGCCUUCUUCAUAUUGAACUCAUUUCACCCGAAAAUAUUUGCCAAAACGAUUAUUCAAAUGGCGCGCCGAAGGAAUCCCGCCGUACUCGUGCUUGCCGUUCCCUCAUUUCCAGCUAAACCAAGGGCCAAUAGUAUGAUGAUGGCAAUCGGCGCCUCCAAAGAAGGUGAACCGGUGCCGGAAGCCACGACGGCAUUGCUGGAAUGGAUGAAGAAGGUUUAUGCACGCGAACAGUUUGUGGACACAAAAGCAAUCGCUCGAUUGAAAUCUUUGCGUGCCAGCGGGGAGCGAUCUUCGAAACGAAAAUCGAAUUCAGAUAAAGUAGUCGAUCAACCUCUAACGAAGGAACAGCUUGCCGCCAUCUACAUACUGGAACCGGUGAAAGAAGCCGCCGAUGAAACGACAAUGACCGAAAGCAACACAAAUCCAGUGAAUGAAACGAUGGAUUUUAUUUCCUUCUCUGGACAGGAUGAUAGUGUUAAACGAAAGCCAACGAAUGCCACCAAGUCGACGGCAUUAAACGAGCGAAAACAGUUACAUGAUCCUUACAUACCCCUGACGGUGAAUCGCAUCAAGGGUAACCCUGAACGUAUCGAACACAAAAAGUUUAAAAAACGCUAAUAAAUCCCUUAUCAUCGAUCCCUAACCCCGAUCCCCCAGUGGGCACCGCUCUACUUUACAAGGCCCAAACCCGAACGUAAUCCACUUGCAGUGAGGCUUCGCUGGAAUUGUUCUCGUUUAGCUUCC